AUGAAGUUGCUCCCAGGUCAACCUCAAUUCCAUGAUACUGACAUGGAAAAAUUGGUUGUUUUGAUUUAUGUUGAUGACCUCAUAGUGAAGGGUGAUAAUAUUGAGGAAAUUAAUUCCCUCAAGCAUGCCCUCCAAGUUAGGUUUGCUCUUAAAGAUUUGGGAACUCUUAAGUAUUUUCUUGGCAUUGAAAUGGCCACAUCUUCGAAGGGGCUCUUUCUAAAUCAAAGGAAGUACAUUCUUAAUCUUCUAAAGGAUGCUGAUAUGGUGGAUUGUAAGCCUGGUCGAACUCCCCUUAACAGUAAACUCCAGCUCGACAUGCAAAGUGAGGCUCCCACCCAUCUCACUGACUAUCAAAAGUUAGUUGGGAAACUGAUUUAUCUCACAAUCACAUGUCCUGACAUUUCCUAUGUUGUGAGCAUUGCCAGUCAGUUCAUGCAUGCUCCCACCAUCGCUCAUUUACGCGUUGUUCAAAGAAUACUUCAUUAUCUCAAAGGCUAUUUUGGUCGAGGUAUAUUGAUGAAAAAGAAUGGUAACAUUGCCAUCAUGGGGUACACAAAUGCUGAUUGGGUUGGAAACUCUCUUGAUCGUAAGUCAACCACUGGAUUCUGCACAUUUAUGGGUGGCAAUUUGGUCACAUGGAGAAGUAAAAAACAAAGUGUCAUAGCUCAAUCAAUUGCUGAGGCUGAGUAUCGAGCAAUGGCAUCCACUGCUUGUGAGCUCAUUUGGCUAAAAGGUCUUCUCUAA